AAAAAAAUGGAGAAGUAAGUUUUCAAGAUUUUGGGACGAGAUGAAAAAAUUAGUGGAAUGCCUGACCAGAGUUGGGACGGGAUGAUUUUUGAUCAUUGUAAAUGCUGCUGUGUUAAACCUUGGGGUUAAUGGGGUCUCAAGUCUCAAGUUCUCAACAAAGCCGGGUCCGCUUCGUCCCCCUCAGGUGCUUGCCUGCCGCCAACAAUGGAGCCGCCGGUGAGAAACAACGCCGGCCCGAUUGUCGCCGGGCUCUCGAUAGCCGCGGCGGUCUCUUACUUCAUCUGCAAGCACACUGAGAAGAAGUCCUCUAGAAGCAGAGAGUCUACUUCUCCGAAAACCCAUAAAAAUGGCAUCGUCGCCGCCAUUGGCAACACCCCUUUGAUUAGAAUCAAAAGCCUCUCAGACGCUACUGGCUGUGAGAUUCUUGGAAAAGCAGAGUUCUUGAAUCCAGGGGGGAGUGUUAAAGACAGGGUAGCUGUGAAAAUCAUUGAGGAGGCUUUGGAAUCUGGAUCCCUGAGUGAAGGAGGUGUAGUUACUGAGGGCAGUGCUGGAAGUACCGCCAUAAGUCUUGCCACAGUAGCUCCUGCCUAUGGGUGUACAUGCCACGUGGUUAUCCCUGAUGAUGCUGCUAUUGAGAAGUCUCAAAUCCUGGAAGCUCUUGGGGCUACAGUUGAAAGGGUUCGGCCAGUUUCAAUAACUCACAAAGAUCAUUUUGUUAAUAUUGCAAGAAGAAGGGCAUUGGAGGCUAAUGAGAUUGCAUUUACAAGAAGCAAAGCAGGCCAAAAUUGCACCAAGGAUGCAAAACAAAUCAAUGGUCAUCAUUUAGCCACUGAGGAAAAACCAACUUCAAUAUUUUCACGUGACUGCAAGGGUGGAUUUUUUGCAGAUCAAUUUGAAAACCUUGCAAAUUUUAGGGCCCACUAUGAGGGUACCGGGCCAGAGAUAUGGGAACAAACUGGCGGGAAACUGGAUGCCUUUAUUGCAGCAUCAGGAACUGGCGGCACGAUUGCUGGAGUGUCUUGUUUCUUGAAGGAAAAGGAUGCAAGCAUAAAGUGUUUUCUUGUUGACCCCCCUGGUUCGGGCUUAUACAACAAGGUAGUACGAGGAGUGAUGUACACGAGUGAGGAAGCUGAAGGACGGAGGUUGAAGAACCCAUUUGAUACGAUCACCGAAGGGAUUGGAAUCAAUAGGCUUACACAAAAUUUCAAACAAGCAAAACUUGAUGGGGCUUUCCGAGGAACAGACAGGGAAGCUGUUGAGAUGUCUAGGUAUCUGCUGAGGAAUGACGGGCUGUUUGUUGGAAGUUCUUCGGCGAUGAAUUGUGUUGGAGCCGUUAGAGUGGCACAAGCUUUAGGGCCCGGUCACACCAUCGUGACAAUCUUGUGUGACAAUGGCAUGAGGCAUCUCAGUAAGUUUUUCAAUUCUAAAUAUUUGUCUCAACACGGUUUGACACCCUCCGCAGCUGGGUUGGAGUUUCUUGGUUUUAGUUGAAUUUUGUGCCUCACACAUUAUUUGGUUCUUUGUAUUGAUCACUUAGAACUAUUAUAUAGAUUGUUUGGCUUACAGUCCUUUACAGAGGAUUAUGGACUGAUUUCAAGAGAACUCCAUUGUUUCAUUUCACGUGCCAAUAGGGAAAAUCUGGCAGUCUGGAUGGAAUUAUAAAAUUAUUCAUUGAAGAGUUCCGAAAAAUUGUUUUUUGCGCAAUUGUAGUAUUAGGAAACUAUGUUUAAUAUAAGGUUUAGGGGCUGUUUGACAACUUCUGAAGAGGUAAGUGCUUAACCAGUAAGAGGUCUGAACCAUUAAGUGCUGAACCAGUAAGAGGUCUGAACCAUUAAGAGCUAGUAUAUUGCUUAACUAUUCAGAGGCAAAUGUCUGAUCAAUUCAGAUAAGAGGUCUUAACCAUUCAGACUCUGUAUAAUACUUAACCAUUCAGAGGCAAAUGUCUGAACUAUUCAGACAUCUGAAUCAUUAAGAGGCUGAAACAAACAGUCUGAACCAUU